AUGGCGAUGGGUCCGGAGACCAUGCAGCUAGUGCAGGAAAUCUCGGGGAUAAUAGGGAGCGUCAUAGCACUAACGAUCUUCCUGAGUCCGAUGCUCCUUUCGGAGAAUUAUACGAGAGAAGCACACGACGGGCUUCAAAAUCCGCCCCGGUCCUCCAUCAUCCUCACCAUCAACGUCAUCGGAAGCAUCAUCGAGGUCUUCUACCUCAGUGUGUACUUUCGAUACUCGUCCACACAGACGAGGGUUUCCGCGGGGAUCAAACUGGCGGCGUUCAACAUGGUGGCGCUAGCAGCCAUCGUCCUUGCCACUGUCUUCGUCACGGACUAUGUCCAUACGAUAGUGGUGGGGACGAUGUGA